GAAAGAGAGUGAGAGAAGGAAUUGACUUAGCAUUGACUGAUCAACAGACCUGAGAGAGACCUGAUUCUCAUCUUUCUCUGUUUUCUUUUCCUUUCUAGAAUUCAUGCCAGUGAGUGAAGUGAGUGAAGCUCUUCCGUGGGAUUUUGAUUUUGGGUGCUGGGUUGUUUCUACUUUCUCUAGUGGACUACAUAGUUACUUGGAUGAGUAAGACAGUUAAAGUUUCUGGAUUCCCUUCUAGCACGACUGCAGGAGCAGUGCAGGUGUUUUUGGAAUCACAUACUGGUGGUGGAACUGUUGAAGCUCUUAAGAUCAGGGAAAUAAGAACGGGAGGUGCAAGGAAAUACGCUAUUGUCCAAUUCACAACCACAAGAGCUGCUGAACAGAUUAUCUCCUUAGCUAAUCCACGCCUGUGGUAUGGUCAUUCAUAUCUUAAUGCUCGGCCAAUGGAUCGUGAUAUCAUACCACAGCCCAGAUCUUUUUUGCAUACCAUGGAAAGUGUGACACUUCACUUUGGCUAUCAGACUUCUAAAGAGAAGUUUUCUGCUGUCUGGAGCGGGAACAAUGUUUCUGUGAAUUUUGGAUUGGGAAUGAGGAAGUUACAUUUUUUCCUGUCACAUAAUCUAGCUGAAUACAAGCUUAACCUUCUCUUUGAAAACAUUUGGCAGAUUGAACUACAUCGCCCUCGUGGCCAAACUGUGAAGUAUCUUCUAAUUCAGUUAUAUGGUGCACCUCGGAUUUAUGAGAGAGACGUACCCUCUUCGUCGAAUGUAUUUGAGGAUCCACUUCUCAAUUAUUUUAGGGAUGUUCCUGAUGAACAGUGGGUCAGGACAACUGAUUUUACUCCAUCAUGCGGCAUUGGGCAUUCAUCUUCAUUAUGUUUGGAACUUCCUAAUCAUCUACAACUUCCAAAUUUCAACGAGAACUUUUUCUACUAUAAAGAAAAUGAAGGAACAUUUGUUUUGGAGAGUGGUUUGACCUUUUCCCGCAAUCCGGAUCUAGUCCCCAUUGUUGGCCCAUCCUCAGGUGUUAAUUUGCCUUAUAACAUCUUAUUUAGGGUUAACUUGUUGGUUCAGAAUGGGUGCCUUGCAGGGUCAAUGCUCGAUGAUAUUUUUUACAGGUUGGUUGAUCCAAAUAGAAUGCCUGUCCGUUGCAUAGAGUAUGCCCUUGAGAAGCUAUAUCACCUGAAAGAAUGUUGUUAUGAACCUUCUAAGUGGUUCAAUGAACAGUACAAAAAGUAUCUUACCUCAGGAAACCCUCCAAGGUCACCUGUUCUAUCCUUAGAUGCUGGUUUGGUAUACGUUUACAAGGUUCAAAUAACUCCUUGUAAAGUGUUUUUCUGUGGUCCAGAGGUUAAUGUCUCAAAUCGUGUACUUCGCCAAUAUCGAGAAGACAUCGAUAACUUUCUUCGUGUUUCUUUUGUUGAUGAGGAGUUAGAGAAAAUUCAUUCAACAGAUGUAUCUCCGCGAACAUCUUCUAGAAAUGAGCUUAGGAGAACUGCAAUUUACAACAGGAUUCUUUCCACUCUGCAAAAUGGUAUAGUUAUUGGUGAUAAGAAGUUUGAGUUCCUUGCCUUUUCAUCCAGUCAGUUGCGGGAGAAUUCAUGCUGGAUGUUUGCUUCAAGACUCGGGCUCACUGCUGCAGAUAUAAGGGCAUGGAUGGGCAGUUUUCAUAAGAUUAGAAAUGUGGCUAGGUAUGCUGCCAGACUGGGUCAAUCCUUUGGUUCAUCCACUGAAACUCUGAGUGUUAGCAGCCAUGAAAUUGAAAUUAUUCCGGACAUAGAAGUUUCAAGGGGAGGAACUAGAUAUUUGUUCUCUGAUGGUAUUGGCAAAAUAUCUGCUGAAUUUGCAAGGAAAGUGGCCAUAAAAUGUGGCUGCAAAGGUUUCACUCCAUCUGCAUUUCAGAUUCGAUAUGCUGGCUAUAAAGGUGUAGUAGCAGUUGAUCCAACUUCAUCGAAAAAAUUAUCAUUGAGGAGGAGUAUGUUCAAAUACGAGUCUGAAAACACAAAACUGGAUGUUCUAGCACAUAGCAAAUAUCAGCCUUGUUUUCUGAAUCGCCAACUCAUUACUCUUCUUUCUACUCUUGGAGUUCCAGAUCAUCAUUUUGAGAGAAAGCAGAGAGAAGCUGUAGAUCAACUUGAUGCUAUGUUGACAGAUCCAUUAAGGGCACAGGAGGCACUGGAGUUGAUGUCUCCAGGAGAGAAUACCAACAUUCUCAAGGAAAUGCUUUUGUGUGGUUAUCAGCCUGAUGCUGAACCAUUCCUUUCAAUGAUGCUCCAAACAUUCCGGGCAUCGAAGUUGCUGGAAUUACGGACAAAAACAAGGAUAUUUAUUCCAAAUGGAAGAUCAAUGAUGGGAUGUCUAGAUGAAACUAGAACCUUGGAACAUGGGCAGGUAUUUGUAAAAUUUUCUGGCUCUAGAUUUCGGAACUUGUAUGAUAGUUCUGACAUGUUCAGUGAAAGAGGACGAGGACAGUGUUAUCUGAUUAAGGGAAGUGUAGUGGUGGCCAAAAACCCUUGCUUGCACCCAGGUGAUUUGCGCAUUUUAAAGGCAGUGGAUGUGCCAGCUUUGCACCAUAUGGUUGAUUGUGUUGUUUUUCCGCAGAAAGGUCCAAGACCUCACCCAAAUGAAUGCUCUGGAAGUGAUUUGGAUGGAGAUAUCUAUUUUGUCUGUUGGGAUCCGGAGUUGAUUCCUAGUCAGCAAAUCUCACCAAUGGACUAUACCCCAGAGCCCCCUCUGCAGCUGGAUCAUGAUGUUACUAUUGAGGAAGUCGAGGAGUAUUUCACAAACUACAUAGUUAAUGACAGCUUGGGAGUAAUUGCAAAUGCUCACACUGCCCAUGCCGAUAAAGAAUCUCUCAAAGCAAUGAGUGAACCAUGCGUAGAGCUUGCACGUAAAUUUUCAAUUGCGGUUGACUUUCCAAAGACUGGAGUACCAGCUGAAAUACCUUCUAAUCUUCGUGCAAGAGAAUAUCCUGACUUUAUGGAAAAGCCUGACAAACCCUCCUAUGAAUCACGUAAUGUGAUUGGAAAGCUUUUCCGAGAAGUGAAAGACAUUGCGCCACGGACCAGCUCUAUUAGGUCAUUUACAUCAGAUGUGGCGAGGCAGUGUUAUGACCCUGAUAUGGAAGUUGAUGGCUUUGAGGAUUACAUAGAUGAUGCCUUUUAUUACAAAAGCAAUUAUGAUUACAAGCUGGGCAAUCUUAUGGAGUAUUACGGCAUCAAAACCGAGGCAGAACUUCUUAGUGGAAGUUUCAUGAAAAUGUCAAAAUCUUUCACGAAGAAAAGGGAUGCAGAGGCGAUUGGAAUGGCAGUAAGGUCUUUGAAAAAAGAGGCUAGGUCCUGGUUCAAUGAAAAGGGAAGCGGGUUAGAUUCUCAAGCUGAUGAUGUAGACGCAAAAGCCUCAGCCUGGUACCAUGUCACAUAUCAUCAUAAUUAUUGGGGUUGCUACAAUGAGGGAAUGAAUCGAGACCAUUUUCUUAGUUUUCCAUGGUGUGUCUAUGAUAAGCUGAUCCAGAUCAAGAGGAGGAAUAGUGCAAGAAUUAGAAGAUCUCUAAUUUUGCCUUCUGUCGAACGUCAAUUCAGUCGCGGAUUACAUUUGAGUUAAGAAGACCGCUUGAAACAGGUGAAAGAUAUGUCCGUCUUGUGUCUUCUAGUUAAUGACAUACCAUGCGUGCAUGCGUGUAUAUAUAUAUAUGUGUGUGUGUGGUUGUGCGCGCGCAUAGGAUAUCCGAGUGAGAAUUUCCACUUUGAGUUUGCUAUAUUAUCUGAUGUAAAACUUUGGAAAGUCCAUGGUCAUGCAUGAGAUGGAUGUUGCUCAUCUAUUAUUUAAUGACCAGGGACGUUAUUACAAGUGACAAUUAACCGUUAUUCUGAAA